AUGCCUAUAACUAAUUGCUCCGGACCUUCGGCCCUCCGCAUACUUGUAAUGGGUACUAGCGCAAAGCCUUUUAGGGGUAUCAGUAUGAAUCCUCUAGGAGUGCCAGUGGGCACUGUGAAGCCUACACCUAUGUAUAACAGUAUAGCCGUAUAUAGACUAGAGAAUUGUCUGCAUUUCCAGAUCUAUGAACAAAGUCAGAGCAAGCAGGAUCGCAAUCCUCCUCAAGUCCUGCUGAAUUACUUCCUCAAAAAAGAUCUUCUCAUACGCCUCAAUCAGCCACAGUACCGCCAACUUGGAGCCAGCCAAGAUCGUCAUUGCCCUUGGCAUUGGCCCCUCGCCCUAGCCCUCUCCCCUCUCAUUGCAGAUCGAUUGAUGAUCACCGAAGCUUUCCCCGCAUAUGUACUGUAUAUGUCCAUCGUCCGUGGCCCCCAGGCCCAGGCUUCCAGCGGAAUUAAUUCAUUGAUUUGA